GACGCAGCUGCCGCUUAUUUCGCUUAGCUGCUAAGCGAUUUCCUUGGAGAAAUUCAGUUCAGCUCGGACGCUCAUCGCGGCCAUCCACACGUUUCGAUAGUUAAGGCUUUCAGAGAACUGGAGUGAUCAGAAAAGUGCCAGUAGCAAAGUAAACAAAAAUAAAUCGAACAUAUAACCUCGCAUUUGCGAGUUCUGCUUAGAAAGUUAUUGAAACAUGGUGGCUACCGAGGAACUUAAAACGACUGUUAGUCAGGAGGACGGGGACUCACGCAAUCCAGUGACCUAUGACCUCCUGCAAGAAAGCGAAUCGAGGACUUCUAAGACCCGGCAAUAUGUGGCGGCUUUGAUAAUUUGCUUGGGCGCGGUUGCCGCAGGAACUGCGUUAUCCUGGACGUCUCCUGUGCUUCCGCAGUUAUCUGUCGAAAACGGAACCAUAAAUCAAAGCAGUUUGAAUUCCAACUCGACUUCCACCAAGGAUGACAUUCGACUGACCGAAUCGCAAAAAACAUGGGUGGUGUCCAUGUUGCCCUUGGGCGCCCUUUUCGGAGCCCUGCCCUCCGGAUACAUUGCCGAUACCAUCGGGCGGCGAAAUACUGCCAUGGUGAUGGACAUACCCUUUAUCUUGGCAUGGAUCUCGAUCAGUUUCGCCAACUCCGUCGGCUGGCUCUACUUGGGAAGAUUUUUAAUCGGUAUCUCAACUGGCAGCUUCUGCGUGGUGGCUCCCAUGUACAUCUCGGAAAUCGCGGAGACCAGCAUUCGCGGCAGUCUGGGCACAUUGUUCCAGUUGCUCCUUACGAUCGGUAUCCUGUUCAUUUACGUGGUGGGAGCUUUGGUCUCGUGGAAAACCCUGAGCAUGCUCUGCCUAGCCAUACCCAUCCUGCUCCUCUUCGGCCUGUUUAUCGUGCCCGAAACUCCAGUAUAUCUACUUAAGAGGGGCAAGCGCUCCGAGGCGAAUCGCGCACUAAAAUGGCUGUGGGGAGAUUACUGCAACACCAGUAGCGCCAUCCAGGCUUUCCAAAACGACUUGGAUCAGACUGGAGCGGAUGCCUCCGUAAAGGACUUGUUCAGCAACCGAGCCUCGCGGAAUGGAAUGGUGAUCUCCGUGCUGCUGAUGGUAUUCCAGCAGUUCUCCGGCAUCAACGCCGUGAUUUUCUUCAUGAACGAGAUCUUUAAGUCUAGCAGCACCCUGGAUCCUGACGUCUGCACCAUAGUGGUGGGUGUGGUGCAGGUGAUCAUGACCCUGGCCUCCUCCCUGCUGAUCGAAAAGGCCGGCCGCAAGAUCUUGCUGCUCCUCAGCAGCAUGAUUAUGACGGUCUGCCUGGCCAUGCUGGGGGCCUACAACACGAUCCAGAGGCACACGGAUGUGUCCCAGUCCAUUGGCUGGUUGCCCCUGCUCUGCAUUGUGGUGUUCAUGGUGAGCUUCUCGGUGGGCUACGGCCCCAUUCCCUGGAUGAUGAUGGGCGAACUCUUCAUGCCGGACGUAAAGGGCAUCGCCGUCUCCCUGAGUGUCAUGAUGAACUGGGUGUGCGUGCUCCUGGUCACAUGGGUCUUCAGUCUGCUCAAAUCAGUUGGUUCUGAUGUGCCGUUCUGGUUCUUCAGCGCCUGGAUGGCGGUAGCCACUGCCUACGUGGCCAUCGUCUUGCAGGAGACGAAGGGCAAGAGUGCCAGCCAAAUCCAGAGCUGGUUAAGCGGACGCUGAGGAUCGCAGGAGGACUCCAUCCCAUAGUUCAUUCUAGCUAAAUGCCGUUGAAUAAGCAGCCAAUGCCAAAGCUUUUUGCCACCUUUGCAAAGAUAUGUUCUAUAUUUCAUUUUUAAUUACAACGAUUUAGCAGCCAUUGAAUCAGGCACAACUGAACUAAAACCCAUCGAAAGCCAGUAUAUGUAAUUUGUCUUAAUGUUAUUACAAUUUGUUUCGGAGUUAAGGCUAAUAAUGCGCUAAAUGCAACUUAACUUAUUGAUGUUCCACAAUGUUCAGUUACGUAGUAUAGAUCAACUAGUUCCUAAGCACUCAUGGUCACGGCCAAAUAUCCAUAUAAGAUUCGAUUGGACUUCCACCCAGUUAUGUGUAAACGUACUUUGGGAUUGCACAGACAUAUACCUAUAUUCAUACUUCUGUGUGCUAGCUUUAACAUAUGUACAUAUAUUUGAUAAUAAAAAAUGUAAACUUUACAGGAACUGU